UUUCCCCUUCUUCUUCACUAGUGUCGAAAACCCAAAACCCUAGCAGCAAUUUGCAAGUGAUUUUUGGAGAAGUUAGUGAAGGAAUUCGAGUUUUUCUUUGAAAAAUUAUGACUGGUGAUAGUUUGGAGUUGCCUCCUGGAUUCAGAUUUCAUCCAACGGAUGAAGAAUUGGUUAUGCAUUACCUUUGUCGGAAAUGUGCUUCUCAGACGAUUUCAGUUCCGAUUAUUGCUGAGAUUGAUUUGUAUAAGUUCGAUCCAUGGCAGCUUCCUGAUAUGGCUCUGUACGGAGAAAAGGAGUGGUACUUCUUUUCACCUAGAGACAGAAAGUAUCCGAACGGAUCUCGGCCGAAUAGAGCUGCCGGAACAGGUUACUGGAAAGCUACCGGAGCCGACAAACCGAUCGGAAAACCAAAAGCCGUCGGAAUAAAGAAGGCGUUGGUGUUCUACGCCGGUAAAGCUCCGAGAGGUGUGAAAACAAAUUGGAUAAUGCAUGAAUACCGUCUCGCUAACGUUGAUAGAUCCGCUGGCAAACGGAACAACAAUCUCAGGUUAGAUGACUGGGUAUUAUGCCGAAUAUACAACAAGAAGGGCGUUUUGGAGAAACACUUAACCUCUGACGUAAAAUCAACAUCAUUUUCUGAGAUGGAAAUCGAAACAAAACCCAAAAUCACACCAUAUUCUCCUAUAGAAAACGUGUCAUCACAACAUCGACCAUCAUCAAUACCACAUCAUGUCAUGGACGAUAUAUUUAACUUCGAUACGUCAGAAUCAGUUCCAACUUUACACACGGAUUCAAGUUCGGAACAUGAAAAAGAAGUCCAAAGUGAAGUAAAAAAAGACGAAUAUCAGUUCAAUUAUAUGGAUCCUUUUACAGAUGACGCAUUUACCCCUCAAAGCCAGUAUUACAACGACUAUCAACUAUCUCCAUUACAAGAUAUAUUUACCUUCAUGCCCAAAUCAUUUCAAAUGUAAAACCACUCGAAGCAAAAUGUGUACAUGGAUUGGGGGGUUUUGACCAAAAUACCCUCGUAGAAAGCAUGCACUACAAGUUGAGAAGCCGCAAGAGUUGAAGGGAUUGUUUAAUGACUUUGAGGUCCCUCAUUAACCAAAUGAAGAAAAUUAUGGGUGCAGUUUUAUAGAGGACAAAAGUGUCAAUUCACAUUAGAUAUAUCCUAGGUUCAUCACUUGUUAAUAUAUCCAUAUCCCCAUUUGGUGCUAUGUAGCAUUCUUUUAUUAGUAGUAGCAUUUUACACAUGCAUCACAUUCUCUUUGUUUCAUUUAUUAUAAAUUGUAUUAUAAAUUAAAAUCAAUUAAAAAAUA